CCCUGUCACCCCCCUCCAUUAUAGAGAGGUAGUAUCUGUUCCUGGGUCAGUGAUCUACCCUGUCACCCCCCUCCAUUAUAGAGAGGUAGUAUCUGUUCCUGGGUCAGUGAUCUACCCUGUCACCCCCCUCCAUUAUAGGGAGGUAGUAACGCCUUGGACCAGAGCUACAUCUUCCUCUAGUUUCUCUAAGCCCCUCCCCCCUCCUCCGUCUGCCUGGGGGGGGGACAGUAGUAGCGCCUUGGACCAGAGCUACAUCUUCCUCUAGUUUCUCUAAGCCCCUCCCUCCUGCAUGUUAUGUUGUUUACUACAGGACCUGUUGUUACAGUCACCUCUUUUACUUCCUCUUUACCUUGACUUUUCCUAUUGUUUGAUUGUUAGUUAUUUUAUUGUUAGUUUGGCUGACGGACGGGGGGCGAGGGUAGGGGGCGGGGGGGCUCGUUCUCUUGUGGACAUAUGCACCUAACAUAAAUGGCAUAAGUAGCUGUCUGUCCACAGACUGUUGGAUUCGCGAGGAGCUGUUAUUUCCGCUGUGCUGAUCAAUUAGACAAAUCACCAAUUCUCAGGUGCUGAUUUGGCCCGUAGACUUAAUGAAACGUUUCAGAGGGGUGGAGUCACGGCAGUACGUUUUUCAACCCCUCCUCCCUCCAGGACUUUAAUUAAGGGUGUAACCGUGGUUACAGCUGAACACCUGACCAGGGACCACGUUCAGUCGCCGAAACGUUGUGAAACGGUGUGAAACGUGAGCAGCUAGAAAUGUCACGGAUAAGAGCCGACCACGGUUCCUUAUUCUACGUCUGUCAGAGAGGCGUGUUUCUUCUACACAGCAUAUUUCUACCUGAGCGUUUUUCCACACGUUACGUCCCGCUGUAACCAUGGUAACCAUGUCAACCCCCUUCACCGGUCCGACCGGCCAAUCAAACUUUCUGUUGCAUAUUCUAGAAAACAUAUAUCUAUGCUAUAUCCCUUUUUAUUGUUCAGCUCAAACGGCAUCCUGUUCCCUAGGUAACACUACUACUGGCCAGAGGGGUCAGCCACCAUCCUGUUCCCUAGGUAACACUACUACUGGCCAGAGGGGUCAGCCACCAUCCUGUUCCCUAGGUAACACUACUACUGGCCAGAGGGGUCAGCCACCAUCCUGUUCCCUAGGUAACACUACUACUGGCCAGAGGGAUCAGCCACCAUCCUGUUCCCUAGGUAACACUACUACUGGCCAGAGGGGUCAGCCACCAUCCUGUUCCCUAGGUAACACUACUACUGGCCAGAGGGGUCAGCCACCAUCCUGUUCCCUAGGUAACACUACUACUGGCCAGAGGGGUCAGCCACCAUCCUGUUCCCUAGGUAACACUACUACUGGCCAGAGGGGUCAGCCACCAUCCUGUUCCCUAGGUAACACUACUACUGGCCAGAGGGGUCAGCCACCAUCCUGUUCCCUAGGUAACACUACUACUGGCCAGAGGGGUCAGCCACCAUCCUGUUCCCUAGGUAACACUACUACUGGCCAGAGGGGUCAGCCACCAUCCUGUUCCCUAGGUAACACUACUACUGGCCAGAGGGGUCAGCCACCAUCCUGUUCCCUAGGUAACACUACUACUGGCCAGAGGGGUCAGCCACCAUCCUGUUCCCUAGGUAACACUACUACUGGCCAGAGCUGUCAGCCACCAUCCUGUUCCCUAGGUAACACUACUACUGGCCAGAGCUGUCAGCCACCAUCCUGUUCCCUAGGUAACACUACUACUGGCCAGAGGGGUCAGCCACCAUCCUGUUCCCUAGGUAACACUACUACUGGCCAGAGGGGUCAGCCACCAUCCUGUUCCCUAGGUAACACUAGGGCUGACCUCUUAGUGUGUGUCUGUUGAGAUAACACCUAAAACAUAGUGGCUAAAGUAGUGCACUAUAAUAGGGAACAGGGAGCUGUUUGGGAGUGGGCUGACCUCUUAGUGUGUGUCUGUUGAGAUAACACCUAAAACAUAGUGGCUAAAGUAGUGCACUAUAAUAGGGAACAGGGAGCUGUUUGGGAGUGGGCUGACCUCUUAGUGUGUGUCUGUUGAGAUAACACCUAAAACAUAGUGGCUAAAGUAGUGCACUAUAAUAGGGAACAGGAAGCUGUUUGGGAGUGGGCUCACCUCUUAGUGUGUGUCUGUUGAGAUAACACCUAAAACAUAGUGGCUAAAGUAGUGCACUAUAAUAGGGAACAGGGAGCUGUUUGGGAGUGGGCUGACCUCUUAGUGUGUGUCUGUUGAGAUAACACCUAAAACAUAGUGGCUAAAGUAGUGCACUAUAAUAGGGAACAGGGAGCUGUUUGGGAGUGGGCUGACCUCUUAGUGUGUGUCUGUUGAGAUGCCAUGAUGAUGAUGAUAUGUAUGUAACAUGGUUUGUAAUAAGAUGUACAGUUUAAAGACCAUUUAUGAACAGAGCUGACUGACUGGCUGGUUUACUGCCUGUUACACAGAGGAACCGUGGACUCUAACAUGUCCUAUUGGUACACUGUUCCCUGUGCUGUGCACUUUGCUAGACCGGGGGAGGGGGGGUAGCCCAAUGGGUCCUGGUCAAACCUAGUUCACUACAGGAAGCCAUUUUUGGUUGCAUGUGAGUGUGGGGGGGGUUUGUUCAGUGAAGCCCUGUUGUAAACCUGCUGUUCGACCAGGGGGUUUGUUCAGUGAAGCCCUGUUGUAAGCCUGCUGUUCGACCAGGGGGUUUGUUCAGUGAAGCCCUGUUGUAAGCCUGCUGUUCGACCAGGGGGUUUGUUCAGUGAAGCCCUGUUGUAAACCUGCUGUUCGACCAGGGGGUUUGUUCAGUGAAGCCCUGUUGUAAACCUGCUGUUCGACCAGGGGGUUUGUUCAGUGAAGCCCUGUUGUAAACCUGCUGUUCGACCAGGGGGGUUUGUUCAGUGAAGCCCUGUUGUAUAAACCUGCUGUUUGACUGACAGGGUCUAUGUAUAAAGAACUGUGGACUGAUACAUAAUAGUAAUGAUCUGUUUAGGUUUUAGUUUAAACUGUAAAAAAAUGAACUGUUCCACAAAAAUGCUUCCGUUUUAAAAUAAUAUCUUCCUAAA